GUUAGGUUCAUUAUUAUGCAACAUUAUCCUCAUAUCUAGCUGAGUGUAUUAAACCCAAGUGCCAGUACAGAUCAUAAAAAUAUUGGUUCCCAAACUUCCCUUCGCCUGCUUUACAUACCUUGCGCCUGUUAUGGCAGCUAUCAGUACGAGCACCUGCAAAGCAUUGCGCCCGACGAGUCGCGAUGACUUCAAAAUCGCAAUCGUUUGUGCUAAAGACCUUGAAUACAAUGCUGCCUGUCUCUUAAUAGACGGCUUCUGGGAUGAGGAUGGAGAUACCUUCGAUCGAGCUACCCUUGCAUUAAACUUUUAUUGUUAACUGGAAUUUCCGACGGUGUCCCGAAUGCUAUGGGCAAGGAGUUACUACUUGAAGAUGUGGUUGUAAGCGACACUGUUGUCUAAUAUGAUCUAGGCAGCCAGUAUCCGAAUGGAUUCCGUGAACGGGAUACCCUUAAGAUCGUCUUGGCCGGCCAGAUAAGAAUAUUCGGAAUUUAGUCGCUAUGUUCAAAACAGAACUAGGAUUAGAGCGCCCGGAGAAGAAAGCAUCGUCUUAUUUAAGAACGGUACAGCAUAGGGUAUGCAACAGCGUUUACAGAGAUGCAGGGUCACUUACUAAUACCCUGGUUAC